UAAAUCCAUGCCCUCCUCCUUUCAUUUCCCUUUCAUCUUCACUCCUAAUUUCUUUCUCUCUUGUAAUCUCUCCACGAGCCCCAUAGAUCAUCUCCAAUCUCACCAAAACCGAAACGCGGGUUCUGUUUGAAAACACCUCUUCGAUCUCAAAUUCACUCCUUUUAUCCCAUAAACCUCCCAAAUCGUACAAUUUCAAUAAGAAAACAAAAGCCUCCCCUGUUUCAGAUCAUUCAUUUCCUCUGUUUUUUACCUUCCACAUUUCUAUUGUGAAAAAUGUCCUCCUCAAGCUCCUGUCCAGGCCUCCAAUCAUGCCUAGAGCCGGUCUCCCUCGUAGAACCACGUGUUUUGAGGAUCAAAUUGGCUCCAUCCAAAUCCAAUGAUUCUUGCUCCUCAACAAGUGGCAAGCCUUUUGUCACUGACUCAGACAAAAAUGCUGACAUGGGCGGCUGGAGUUUCCUCCAGUCUAUUGCUAACAAUACCUCUCAGACCACCAAAGAGAACGACAAAGUCUACGUCCCUCCGAAUUUUAAGCGCUCUUCUUCUAUGCUCAACGAAAAGAGCCUGGAAAUGUGUACCGAAAGCUUGGGGAGUGAAACUGGCAGCGAGAUGAGUGAAAGCAGCGACGACAUGGCUGUCCUUCCAUUAGAAAAUGUGAAUUAUGAGACUAGAGAAACACCAAAAUCGCGUGAAGCAAGAAGAACGAGUCGAAGUGUUAGCUUCCCACCUCCUUUGAGCUCGAUUAGUGGCUCCAACAAUGUUCGAGUGAGGCCUCACCGAGAAGGUGGAAGGCUAGUCCUGGAAGCAGUGACCAUCUCUUCUUGCCAUGUUUAUUUACAUGCAGAGAGAACCGAUGGCCGGCUCCGGCUACAUUUGAUGAAUCACUGCUCUUCUAAUAACUUUGACAAUGAAGAGGAAGAAGCAGAAGCAGAGUCUGGUGAGGAAAUUGUAGUUGAAGAAGACGGUGAUGAUGAUCAAAGUGGAGAUAAUGAAGCUGAGGGUGGUGAUGGUAUUUGGGGAGAGGAGUUGGAGGGAAGUAGUGUAAAUACUGGGGGUGAAAUGGGGAUGGGGAAAUUGGCUAGACCAGGAAGGUGCAAGGAAGGUGGGAGCAGCAGCAAAAGCUUGCUUAAUUGGGAGCCAUUUUGGGUGGCUACUUGAAGCCUUGUGCCUGUCUCUCUAUUGGUUUCUUUCAUUAUAAGUUUGCUAUAUAUCCUACCUCGUAUUUAAUUAACUUUCAUCAGUGAUUAAUUACAAGGUUAGUCAUGGAACUCCUUGGAUUUUGUAAAAUAUGCUAAUGGUAGUUAUUGGAAUUAAUUAGUGGA